CUGGGCGGGGUGGGCGGGGCCUGGGGGCGGUCGCGCCCCCUGGCGGAGGCGGAGCCGCGCGAAGAUGGCGGCGGAGCCGGGCCCGGGACCGGGCCCCGACCCGGAGCUGGAGGCGCUGCUCGACAGUGCCUUGGAUGACUUCGAGAAGGCUCGACCCCCCCCUCCGCCACCCCCCGGUACCAGCCCCUGCCCCGAGCCCUCCCCCAGCAACGCCGCCAAGGCGUCCCUGUUCGCGGCGCAGGAGCGGUUCUUCGAGGAGCUGUUCGAGGGGGAGCUGGCGGCACAAGCGGCGGCCGAGUUCGACCGGGCCAUGCAGGAGCUGGCGCAGGAGGAGCCGCACCUGGUGGAGCAGUUCCAGAAGCUCUCGGAAGCCGCCGGGAGAGUGGGCAGCGACGCGGCGUCGCAGCAGGAAUUCACCUCCUGCCUCAAGGAGACGCUGAGUGGCCUGGCCAAGAACGCCAGCGACCUGCAGAGCUCUUCGGCCUCGGAGGAGGAGCUGGCGAAGGCGCUGGAGGGGCUGGGGCUGGAGGAGGGUGACGGUGACGGGGAGGGCAGCGUCCUGCCUGUCAUGAGGAGCAUCAUGCAGAGCCUGCUCUCCAAGGACGUGCUCUACCCCUCGCUCAAGGAGAUCACCGAGAAGUACCCGGAGUGGCUCCAGCGGCACGGCGCGGCGCUCCCGGUGGAGCAGUACGAGCGGUACCGGGCGCAGCUCCACGUCAUGGGCCGCAUCUGCCGGCACCUGGAGGGGGAGCGGCCGGGGGAGGGCGAGGACGAGCGGAGGCAGCGCUUCGAGAGCCUCCUGGGGCUCAUGCAGCAGCUGCAGGACCUGGGGCACCCACCCAAGGAACUGGCCGGGGAGACGCCCCCCGGGUUCAACAUGGAGCUGCCGGGGGGGGAGCAGUGCCGCCUCAUGUAGGGCCCCCCCCACCGGAGGAGGAGGAGGAGGAGGAGCCGUCCCGCACCAGGGGGGGGUGCUGGGCGUCACGGUGGGGGGUCGGGGUGCAGGGACCCCCCCCCCCCGACCAUGGGGACGUGUGUGACCCCCCCUCGAUGUCCCCAAUAAAGAUGCUGGUAACGGUAA